AUUCAAGCAGUGCGUUAGUCAGUUUGUAGGUUAGGACACAUGCACAAUAUCCUUUCUUUAGUUGUUUUUUAAUGGAAUAAACAUAGUUUUAAUAUAUAAAAAUGCAGGCAAAUAGCGAAAAUAUCAGUGGAAAUCAAAAUGCAUUCAGCAGAGUCAGUAACAAAUGUUUACCUGGAUUACGCCUUGGUCUAAUACUAUCCCUAGUAAUAUAUCUAGCAAUGCUAAUAGUUGGUAUUUUGGGAAAAAAUGAUUGUCCAGUAAAUAAAUAUAUCCCUUUAUUUUUAAUAAUAACAGGUAUUGUUGGACUUAUUUCUAAACUAACUACAGUCGUGAGGGAUAAAUUAGAAAACUACUUCCCUGUUAAAUAUCUGGAAUCCGCCCUUUAUAUCGUGGAACUUGUUAUUUUUUCUUUGGGUUGCUAUUGGGUUUUAAAAGAGUUCCAGCCUAACUACAACCCAGGUGGAAGCCACUAUUGCAAAAAAUCCGUUUAUCUCCUCUCAUUUAUUUACAUAGCGGUUGCUUUGGCUAUUAUGUUGGCCACAUUGGCUGGUUUCCUGUGUUUUUUGCUUUCGGCGAAGUUCCUGUCCAGUCGUCCAGAAGAAGACCCGGAAGCGCAAAGGCAUAUGAACAAUACUCAUUAAGUCUAAUUAUGGUAUUAUAAUUUUAUUAUGGAAUUCAAAAAAAAUAAUUAACUAAACCUAAAUCUACUUAUUACUUUUUUUAAAUUCCCAAAGUGCACUAAAGUUUUUUAUAUAUUUUUAACAAAUAAAUUAAUCAAAUAACA